UUUCAAUCACGGGCUCACACGGAGAGAAAUCAAGUAAGUCAGUAAGUCAGAAGGUUGAAUUAAUGUAUCGAUUUGAUGUUGACCAACAAAAAACUAGAUAAUUAUAAUAAUAAAUACUGUUCAUGUAAUGGUAUAGUUAGGUCUGGGACCUGCGUAGCUAAAAAAACUGUUUUGGAAAUAGUAAUGGAUGUGUCCGGGACAUGUAUAGCUAUAAAAUAAGUAAAGAUAAAACUGGGUUUUACUUUACUUCACUUUGCUAAGACAUAUGCACGUUUGAUGUGGUAUGCAAAAGGUGGCGCAAUAGGAUGUUGUGCAGAGAAUAAGGCGUAUGCACGUUUGAUGUGGUAUGCGAUGUACAUAGGAGUGAAGAUUAGGUCAUCCAAUAUACAUAGUUAGUGUAGGACAAUCGGGUAGUAUGAUGAAGGUAACUGUUAUUAUGAGAUACGGUUAACACAGAAGUGAUAUUGAACAUGCACAUUUUAACAUUGUUAUUUCCCUUUUACAUCUUUUUGGUUAUAGAUAAGAAAUGGAUUAGCGAUACAUCUGCUGGGAAGGAAACCUAUAUGCUAGGGUUCUCAAUUUAGAUUCAGAAGUAGUGGGCUCACCUUUCAAAUGCCACUGCUGCUGCUGUAACGCUUUGAUACAACGUCAGCGUUUCAUAGUAUGAUAUUUUUUUUAAUUCUGAUAAGUUGCGACACAUAGGUAUACUGACUCAUGUAUCGUUUAAGGUUUAGUGCAUUUGAGAACAGUGUGGUCUCAAGACGGCUGCAUAGACCCACCAAUAUCGACCUUUGGUUUUGUAUACUGGUUUUAAUUUCUCUUCACAAAAGAUUGGUUUAUAUACAGAUUAUUAAGGAAAGGAACUUCAACUUGGUUGCACUACGGCGUUGUUAGGUUUGGUUGUCAUUCAAUGCGCAUAGCUGAAGCAAUGCGCAAGGAGGGAUGUAGUGUGAAAUUAAAUCAAAGUAGAUACUGUAAAACAAUUAAAAUUAGAAUUAAAGGAAAUAUGUUUUUGAACAACUAACUGCUGUACAUGAGUUUGUAUUUCUACAAUAGAAACAAAAGUUCCAGAACCAGAUGCAGACACACCCGGAGCCUACAAACUACCACCGCCGAGCAAUGACUAACAGUCACAUGAGGAGAUCAAAUAACAGCAGGAUUUCAAUCAGUUCUGUUUUGGUUGUCCACCAUUAGAAAAAUAUUGUUUGUAUAAAUAACAUAUCAUAAUCAGCAACAGUUCGUAAAGUUCUCCACGAAAAAAGUUAAAGGAAUAUAUAAGGCAUGGAUAUGUUAUUGACAGAGCAAGGAGGGGUGUAUGCAAUGAUAGGCACAACAUGAACAUGUUGUACUUUUAUCCCCAAUAACACAGCCCCGGAUGGGUUGGUGACCAGGGCCCUGGCAUGAUUACAAUCCCUCAGGUUCGAAUUGGCAGAGAACUCCGGCAUUAAUGACCCUUUCACAGGAUGGAUGGAGAAUGUGUUUGGGAGGUGGAAAGGCAUGAUCCAGUAAGUGCCCGUCGCGGGAAUAAUGGCAGAGACCGUGUUAAUUGUCACCGGCUGCCGUUGUAUUCCCUGCGCACGAGGGCUACUGCAUCUGCUGAUCACCACAGCAGUGAGCGCUACAGAAGCGCCAAGUGCCAUUCAGGCUUACAUGGGGAUCAGAUAUGAUCUGAUGAAAGUGAACGAUACAUCACCUGAGGGGCCCGACCCUAUCCAGCUGUAAUAUGUAGAAUAGUCAACACCUAUACUAUUCAAGUAGAAGCACCUGUGUCUAAAAUAAUCAAUAUCCUGGAUUUACUUGAAUAACUAAUUAUUGAACCACCAAGACGGGUUGUGUUUGUUAUUAUAUAGUAUUGUUUGGUUGCGAGUGCAACCCGUUAUUUCUGUAUUGCUGCAUUGAUAAUGGUACUGUUGAUCUUCUUUGAGACGGUUGUUUACAGAUUUCCUGUUGCUGACACGACGACAAUUGAACACCUGAAGGAGGCUCCCAUGAUGUGAAAGUAACCUCUCUGUGAGCUGAGCCCUUGACAAGGAGGGACGAGUCUUGGGUUCAUGAAUAACAGGCCCCGACGGCGACAGAAGAAACAGAAAAAACAAACAGAAAUAGCUGCGAUAAUAACAACGUCCAAAACCACCCACAUGCAACAGCGCACCAAUACACGAAGAUCACCUGAGCCACCCAAAUCCAUGCUAGCCUAUCUAAUCUUGAUUUUUAUUUUAAAUUUUUAUUAUGACUACUAAUUUUGUACUUUACUUUUGCACAUGUUGAAAAUUGUAUGACCUUGUUGCACAUAACCAAAAAGUAUAAGCUUAGGAUUUCUAUGGAUACUUUUGUUUGUGUGCUGUUUGACCAUAUGAUUGUAUGAUAACCAGGAUAUAUGUUCAUUGUUGUAUUGUUAAUAUGACUUGUAUUACCUAUGAGACCCAUCAGGGCGAAUGCCGUUAGAGUGUUAUGGUAACCCGUGGUGGUUUUUACUCUAAUAUGGAGUUGUUCCCACUCGGUUGGUGGUGUUGAUGAUUUAUUCUACUUUGACUAUGAUUUCGGUGUUGUAAAUGGUGUUUAUGAUUUAAAAUAUUAUUGUAUGGUCAUCUGAGGUGACCAAGGAGGGUUUGUUAAGUAUUUUAAGAAGCUGCAUUACCCUCACAUAGCCACAAGGGGAGCAAGACCUUAUUGAAGGCUGCUCCCUCCACAGAAGGCAGCACCUUUAGAUACACAGCAAAUUCCCUAGUGUUAAAAAGGCAUUGUCAAAAUAUAUGGACUCUUUCAGAGUUAUUACAACAACAUUGAGAGUAACUUCAACACACCUAGAGUAAGAUAUCACCCAGUGUAAGUGUACAAUUUCAGAGUUAAAUGUACAGUGUAAAAUUUACAGUGUUAAGGCACAUGGACUCUUUCAGAGUUAUUUCAACAAAAGCAAGAGUACUAGUGACUAAAGGCAGGUGUUCCUGAGAAAUAACUCUGAAGCUCUGGAAAGCCCCGCCCCCAUUGCAUCUUCCUAACUCAGGAACACGUCCACUUUGCUCACAUUGUCGUGUUCCCAUGGUCGUCAUCAGUCUCGGUGCCAUCAUGUUGAUAAAAACUAAAAUAAAUAUGGAACAAAAAUAUGUCAGGAUAACUGAGCCAAACUUGGAAGAAUUCUUGGAUGCUGCUUUCAUGAAGUUCUCCAUCCCACCACCCACUGAAGGCGUCACAGUGUAUGACGAGACGGGAACGGAGGUGGACGCAGACGUCUUUGAAGACGUUGCACAGCAGCCAAAUGCUGGUGUAUUUACAAUCAGAUUCAAACACACAUUGGAGGGAGCAACAGGCAGUUCACUGCCUGAUGCAGCACUGGAACUUUCUAACUACAACCCUGAAGAUUCAGUCAUCCUAGAACUUUUAUCUUGCACUUCUGAUGACACCAUCAUCCUGGAGGAGGAUUCAAGUCCAUCUGCAAAAAGGCAGAAACAAGACCGAGAUGCCAAACACUUAGUUGAAUCAGCCCUGGCUAAGAAACCAGGUGGAGACCGCAUUGUGAAAGAAUACAACAGGACAAAAGGUCUAACUGACUCUUCACGGCGACAGAUGGUGAACAUCCUUGCUGCCGACAUGACUGAAACUCAUGGGAUGGCACCGCCACGGCAUGUCAGAGAGAUGUAUGCCAAAGGCAUAGUUUCCAUGUUCCCGUACCUGAUGGAUCCAUAUUCCAAAAAUGGAUAUGAACAUUUCUAUGAUGGAGAAAGUGGCACUGGUUAUUUAGCAUGGAGGCUCAAAACAAUCCAGAGGAGCAAUGCUACAUCAGCGACCAGAACUUCUCCUCGUCAGACCUGUGGAGGGCCGAAAGCUAAGAGAGAUGCAUUAAGAAGUCCUGAGAUGACCCUGACUGAAGAGCAAUCCAAGGAGGCCAUGUCAUUCAUGAAGUAUUCUUCUGAUGAGGCCACUAUCAAGCAAAAGAUGAAGAUUACAUUUGAAUAUCGUCGUCAGAUCGUCCUCGAUGAAGAGAAAUCCUCAGGCGUCCUGACUGAAUUUCCACGGUUCCGAGACGUCAAAGGCCUGGUUGAGCAAGACUUCAUCUUGCAGUUUGGAGAAGAUGUGGCUGCUCUUUCCUCAAUUAUCCUCCUCCUCCACCUGAUUCCUCCAUCAGCCCAAGGCCGAAAAAGACCUGGCAAGGUGUCAGCAACCCAGGCUGAAAAACAUCUGGUUGUGUUCAUGAAGAGUGGAACGAGCGUCCAGGAACACGUUGAUGCCAUCACCAGCUCCACUCAGCCCUAUCUUCUUGCCAUUGGGAUGAAUAGGGCCACCAUCCAUGAGUUCUUCAUCGUGAUUGACAAGCAGGCCAUACCAUGCAGGUUUCUGGUGUAG